AUGAGAGGAAGGACUCUCUCCCUCUCCGGAAAGACGCUUCUGGCGCCUACUGUCGCAGGCAACGGGGGCUUCAGAGAGUCCAAACUUAGCAGUACUGUGCCUAUUUCGAGUAAACCUUCGAAUUCAACAGGUAUCUCGCCUCGAAUUACUAAGCCAAUAAAAAUUCGAGAUUUGCAAUCAAUCAGUACAUCAAACAUCACUAUCACAUCCAAAGAAAACAUGAUACUUGUUAGGAAACAAUUAGAUAAGCUAUAUCGAAACGUCAAAGAAAUUACGUUAUAUAACCAUGCAAAAGUUUUUUCAGAAACAAAUAUAGUAGAAUCAUUAAAUACAGCUAUAGAGUCUUUUCGUACACUCUAUCACGACGCAGUCUAUUACUAUAAGUCAAUAAAAGCAAUUGAGGAAGCAAUUCCUUCUAAUAGAGUUGUUUCGAAUGCACAAUUGAAAUCUUCAACUUUAACAUUCCGUAAACAAUGGCAAGAUAUUUGCACACAAUUCAAUACAAUCAAAGAAAAAGGAGUUACAUCUUUGAAUGACUAUAUAACACUAAAGUUCCAUUCGAUUAAACAACUACUGGCUCAUGUUGCUACAUAUACAAAAGUUCAAGCAAAUAAAGAUCAAAUUGAAAAAUCAACAAUAAAAAUGCAAGAAACAAUGCUUGCUUUAAGUAAAAGUACCACAAUGACAUUAACACAGCGAGAUGCAGUGAAUGAACAGCCUACUUUAAUGGAAACUCCAAUAAGAGAUAUCAGAUCUUUUAAUCAACAGUUUAACGAAGCUUGCUUUAAUGUAUUUACAAGAUGUGGUGUUCAACAAAGUGAUCUUAAGCAGCUAAAACAAGAUAUUAUAUCAGGUAGCAACGAAAUCGUAAUCGCCAUCAGAGCAGGCUUUUCUUUUGACAAGGACAUGAAUAUGCUUACUCAACAGUUCGAUAAAAUAACAGAAUUCGUAGAUACAAUGAUGGAUCUUGUUGAAUUACCUCCAUCUCCUGUCAGAUCUCCACUUUUAACCUCAAGGAGGAACACAUCGAGGUUUGCAAACACUCCUGUUGGUGAAACAAUUACUCCAAACCCAGAAUAUAAUGGUGUUGUCGAUAUGGUUGAAAAAUUUGUUACAGAUAUCCAGAAAGACUUCAAAUUAGAGAUCAAUCCUGAAUGUGAUGUAUUUGAAAAGCUAGAAGAAAUAAGAUCCCAGCUUCUUAUCUCAUAUAAACCAGAUGACGACAUUAAUAAGUCAGAAGUCAAAUUUGCAGAUGUCCAAUUCCAAACAUCAGGAAGACAGAACGAACUAGACAUUGCUGAAGGUACUGGACAGAGCAUUUAUACAGAUUUUGAUGACUCUUUCACGCAAACAACAGCGAGAUCUACAAGAAGUCGAAGAGUUUCUAAUAUGUCUGAUCCAAUAAACCUUUUAGAAGCUAAAGUAGCCAAACUAGAGGAAGAACUGAAGAAGAAAGACGAAGAAAUCAAUGAACUCAAACAAACUUCAGAUCAAAGAGCCAAACUAACAUUGGAAAAAGCAAUAAACAAAAUGAGUGGAAUUCUGUCUGAUUCAGAUGGAGAAUUCGUGAAAGAUGGUGAGAAUGCAGAGAAACUGCAGCUGUUUGUUGUCGACAGGAAGUGUCCUAUUUGUGCAAAAAGAGAAGUAGAAGAGCUAGAAAUCGUUGAAAAAGCGAGAGAUGCGUUUUUGAAAGUAGAUGCAACUGUUUCUGAUUUAAAUCAAUUACCACAAGCAAUUGAUGAAUUAGUUGAACAGGUACAGACAGCUCAGAAUGAAGUUGUUCUAAGAAAUGAAGAAUUAGACAUAAAGAACUCAGAGAUCUUCAAUUUAAACCAAAAACUUGAAGAACAAAAUGACAAAAUCACUGCAAUGCAAAUGGCUCAAAACACAUUGAAACAAUUGUUAUAUGGAGACAAUCCACCAUCAGACGACAUGGAUGUAGCAGCAAUUACAAUGAACGCAUUCAAUGAACUCGAAAAGAAACACAAAAACGAACUGAAAGAGCUAGAAAUUAGCAUAGAAAAGAAACACAGAGAAGGAUGGGAAAAAGUCUACGAAACCCUCAAAAUUUCAAAAGAUGAAGGGCCACAAGCGAUUUAUAAUGAGUUUGACAAACAAAACAAAGUCAUUGAAGACUUGAGGAACCAGUUGAACCAAGCAAAUGGUGUUCUGAAGAGAAUAGAGGCAUGGAUGAGAGACCACGCAACAGCACAGACACAAGGAAUGGGUCUGGAAGAGAAAUUCCAGUCAUUGAUGUUCGCAAUCGACGAAGCACCAAAUCCUUUGUCUUUGCCAUACGAAGAACUCAUGAAAGAAAGAAGACAAAUAAGAUCUGAAAUAGAAGAAACAGUAACAAACUUGGCAAAGCAGUUCCACACGAAACUGGGUGUCAAGAACUUGAAGACAGUUAAAAUAGCAAAACUCAUGGAAUUGCAUAAAGAUUUGACAGGAAAAGCAACAGGAGAUAUGGGUGCAAAAAUUGAAAAAAUCACAAAAUUGAGUCAAACAAUUGAAAAAUUGAGAGGUAUCAUUGUAAAACAAUGCAAUAGAUUAUGGGAAUUCUUGGAAGUUCCUCCACAUGACUUUGAGAAUAACAAUAUUGAAGAGAUGAUGAAUAAACUGGCAGAGCUUAUUGAAAAAGUUUGCUGUUCUGGAUCUCAAAAUUUCGUAUCUAAAGAAGUCAUAAACAAAGCUGUUGUUCCAAUCAGAAAACACAUUAGUUCUAAGUCAAAUGAUCCAAGAGUUUUCAUUCCCGAAAUGGUAAAGUUCAUCAUGGAGAGCUAUGACACGUUCACAAUGAUAUACACUGUUGCUAAACCUCUUGAAGAAGCUUUGGGAGCUUAUGAUUUCACGAAAAUGCCUGAAAUUGGUGAUAAAAAAUUUUCUCAUACGAGAGAAUGCGUUUUUAGAGUGAAUGCUAUUGUGAAGGAAGCACAAGAGAAGUAUAAGGACAAACAAGGAUAUCGAGCUUUCGAUGUUCUUAAUGAUUUUGUCUCUUUGACUUGUGCUUUGUUCUCAUUACUUGCAUCUCAAUCAUUUGGAACUCCAGGAGCAAAUGUUUUAGCAUAG